AUGGCUCCCUCGAAAUCACUCACUCCCGCAGCAAAACAACAACUGAUACUCAACCAUCUCCACGCAUCACGCACAUGCCACACACUCAAAGACCUUGAGAAAUGUCUCCCUGCGGUCGCAUCCAUAAAUGGCAUGCAGGUGAAAGACUAUAUCCAAGCCCUGACAGACGAUGGAAAGCUGCACGUGGAGAAAAUCGGAAGUGGCAAUUGGUAUUGGGCCUGGGCGGGUGAGGAGCAAAAGGAGAGGGAGAAGGUAAAGAAUAGUCUCGUGAAAGAGCUCGAGAAGUUGGAGAAGGUCGUAUUGGAGCUGGAAGAGCGGAAGGCCGCCGCUCUGACUGAGAUUGAGAAUAGUGGAGGGGAUGAAGAGCAUGAGAGGGGAGCAUUGUUGGCUAGGAAAGCGCAGGGGGAAGCAGAGGUGAUGAUGUUGAAGAUAGAGGAGGAGAGUUAUCUGGACGGGGGAGCUGGUGGAGGCAUUGAAAGGAAAGAGGAGGAUAUAAAAAGGUGGAAGGGAGAGGCCGAGAUGUGGACGGAUAAUAUCUAUGUACUAGAAGAGUAUCUCAGGAAGAUUGCUGGAGGCGAUAGAGAGACCGUGGAGGCUGUAAAGCGGGAGUGUUAUGGUGAGGAGUACGUGGAAGGGGAAGGAUUGAGGGAAUUGCAGUUUUAA